UCCAAUCUAAAGAAACAAAAAAAAUGAAGAUCAUCUUCCUCUUGUUUUCUCUUGCAUUAGUUCCCUUGUCAGCCUUGGCAACUUGCACCACUGAUACUCCGAACCAAUUAUUGAGGGCUGUACACGAUACAGAUGGUUAUCCCCUACAAGUAAACACCAGGUACUUCGUAUUUUCAUCUUGUUGGGGAGCUGGCGGCGGUGGUGUACGGCUUGCUAAUAUCGGAGAUCAAGAAGAAAACGCUUGUCCCACAGCAGUGGUGCAAUCCCGCAGUGAUCUCGACAAAGGUAUAGCAGUCUACUUCAAACCUAAAGAGCCCAAACAUCAGCAGAUUGUGGAGUCUUCUUCGUUAAACAUCAAUUUCUAUUUUGAUAGUAAUAAGUGUGCUAACCUAACAGUGUGGAAGGUAGACAACUACCCUAUACCUCGAAAGUACAGCACAAUAAGCACAGGUGCAAAGUUGGGAAAUCCCCUGGAUGUGAAUAGCUGGUUUCAAAUUAAGCCUCUUGGUGGCUCGACGUAUAAGCUAGUGUUCUGUCCCUACGGAGAGGAGUUUACUUGCCAAAAUGUAGGCAUCACUGAGGAAAAUGGAUAUAGGCGUUUGGUUCUCACAGAGAAUGCAAAGGCCUUUGUGUUCAUAAAGCAUGGCGGAUUAGGAAAGGCCGAAGCAUGAUUAUGCAUCUGCUUUCUAAUAAAACUAAGUUGUGUAAAACAUGUAUUAAUGCAGGCCCUGCAUUCGGUGUUUCACUGGAUGUAAGAAUAAAUAAUGUAAUGCAGCCCUAAUAAGUGCCCUAUGCAUGCUUUAUUCCCUGUAAUAGAUGCAUGUUGCACUGAUAUUUUCCUAAUAUAUCUUCUCUGUUUAUUUUUUAA